AUGCACUUUGGUCAGACAUGUUUGGACACAGACCUGUGGGACAAGCAAUGGCCUGGCCUGGAGCUGUGUACUCGGGUGAGUCUGCUGGAAAAUUACUGCCUGCGUGCGACGACUGUGGGCCUGGGGCAGUGCAGGAGCCGUAUAAAAGUGGGCCCUUCUCCCGCCUCUCUCAUCCACUCCUCUCGCCUCCGUCUCCUUGGGAACAAGGUGCAGCUCCAGCCCCACAACAUGUCCUGCCAGCCCUGCUGCCAGCCCUGCCUGCCAUGCCAGCCCUGCGGCCCCACCCCGCUGGCCAACAGCUGCAAUGAGCCCUGUGUCAGGCAGUGCCAGGACUCCACCGUCGUCAUCCAGCCCUCCCCCGUGGUGGUGACCCUGCCCGGCCCCAUCCUCAGCUCCUUCCCGCAGAGCACCGCCGUGGGCUCCUCCACCUCCGCUGCCGUUGGCAGCAUCCUCAGCUCUCAGGGAGUGCCCAUCAACUCCGGGGGCUUUAGCCUCUCGGGCAUUGGCAGCCGCUACUGCGGCAGCAGGUGCCUGCCCUGCUAA